AUGGGCUCGAGAUGUCAUAUAAAACAAUGUACCAGCAUAACCUGUCCGGAUGGAGAGGAAUGUAGCCAGGUAGGAAGUUAUCAACUAUGUUCGUGCAAGAAACCACUCAUUGAAGGUGUUCACUGCGUUGUCGAUAUCGACUUUUGUAAGGACAAUAACUGCGACCUAAAAGGAACUAAGAACUGCACUAACCUGCAAUAUGACUACUUAUGUGAUUGUUUGCAAGGUUUCUCAGGACGAUAUUGUGAGGUAACCCCAUGCGAUCCAGGAUGUGAUCACGGUACGUGUAGGAUAGACAGUCAAGGAUCGUGGGUAUGUGAAUGCCACCAAGGAUGGAAGGGAACAAACUGUACAGAGUUAGAUCCUGUGUGUGAUAGAAACCCAUGUCAAAAUGACGGGAAAUGCAUUGGUAAUCUCAUUGAUUUCAACUGCAUAUGCUCAGCCCAAUACCAAAAUAAAACCUGUGACGUGGUUGUAGACGCUUGCGAAACAGUCAACCCUUGCGUUGGAGAGUCCAAUGCGUGCCAGAACUUGUUUACACGCUCAGGUUGUGCCUGCUUGAAUGGUAAAUCAGGAUUUGAUUGCAAUGAUAGACCAAUUUGCACGCCGACGAAGUGUCUAAAUGGUGGUACUUGUGAAAUCAAAAAUUAUAUUGCGAACUGCAUCUGCCCCAUUGGAUUUGAAGGUAGAAGGUGUCAUAUAAUCAGUGAUCCUUGUUCCUAUAUUAAGAAUUGCAAUAAGACAGAUUGUGAAAAUCAAGGACAACAGGCUUUUUGUAAAUGUGUCAAUGGAAAAAUUGGUCAACACUGCAAUCAAGAUGCUUUGUAUGACGUCGACUUAUUCUUCCCAAAAAGCAAAGGUUUUAUACAGCGGACUCCAAUUCCAAUGUGGAGUCCAUUGACUGGAAACUUUCUCUCACUGGCCUUUUGGAUUAAAUAUUAUCUGCCUCUCCAGGAAGACGUGUUAACUACAAGUCUUGUUCUUUACGGAACAAAUCAUUCAAAUGACAUAUCGCCGAUCUCGGAACUUCUAUCGCUCGACAACGAUACUUUGACGAUCCAGUUUUCUGAAAUGAAAUCAUUUAACCUAUCUGUUGUGGACGACGGUUGGUGGCAUCAUGUCUUCAUCACCUGGUUCAACAAUGUCAUUUCCGUUUAUCUCGAUUUCAAUCGUAUCAUAAACGAGCCGUAUGGAAAAGAUAAAACUCUACCAAUGUAUGGCGUCCUAAUCCCUGGUGGGAUUAUCAACAUAUCAAGACACGAAGUGAGGCCUUCCAAAUUUGCCGGUCGAAUCAACCGCCUCGUUCUCUUUAACAGCACUUGGAGUGCAGAAGAAGUGAAGAACAUACGGAAUAAUAUCAAUCAGGUUUUACAGGACGUAAUCCUCGAUUUUUACCGCAGCGUCUUGGACAUGGCUAACAUCCUACUGGAAUUCCCAUCAGAAAUCACCCAGAACAUGUGUGAACUCACCCCUAACUGUUCAGAAAGUAAUAGAGGUCAAUUCCCAGUGGUAGAAUUUUGUCCCCAUGCACAAUUGAAAGUAGGACCAAGGUGGUCAAUUAUCGAUUUUAUACAGCCAAAAUUCAACCACAAUUACACAACAGUUUCCAAUUAUAUCCAUGGAGUGUCCUAUUUUGAUUGGGGUUUGUACAGUAUUGAAUACAUUGCAUUUGGCAAGAACAACGAAACGUCAGCUGUCUGUACAUUCCAGCUGGUCAGUCGGCGUUUUAGCUGUAAUGAGACGAUCAAUAGUAUUUAUUUGAACAAAACCGACAGGAAUUGCCAGCAACACAACGAAUCGAUUAUUUGCUCUCCAAACUGUGACGACCCAAAUAAAAUUCAAGUUAUUCCCAGUCCCCUGGUAUAUUCCUGUGGUGUCACUCAAAUGUGGGGGAAGGAAUAUACAUCACACUUUAGAUUUCUGCCUUGUGAAACAGUAACACGCGUCAAAACGAUUAACCUUAAAAUCGAUAUUACAAUGAAAGCUGACGGGGUUCAACCCCUUCCUUCCGAAUUGUGUGCGGAAAUAAAGAAGAAAAUUGAAGCCCUCAUGACCACUCAUGAAGUCUGUCCGAAUAAUAAUUGUUUCAGUUGUUCUGAGAAAUCGGCCAACUCUGCUCGGAAGAAAAGGGCCGUGUCUAAUACUGCACUCCAAGUCAACCUACAAAGUGUCAAUACCAAUUCGAUGAAUAAUACAUCAACCAAAGAUUUGUUACUUACACAAAUAAUGGAGAAAAAUUUAUUAGAUUUACAAUCUUUGAAUGCUUCCGUUUUGCCUUCAAGUGUCGCAAUCACCUUAUCGUGUAACUCUGGUCAGCAGCUGAACGGACAGACAUGUGUUCUAAUUCAGGCCGUCCCUGGAACUUUCUUAAACACUACAACCAAUAAAAUUGAAAUCUGUCCGAAAGGAACGUACCAGCCAAAUUCCAGACAGACAAGCUGUAUCGAUUGUCCGCCAGGAAAGACGACAAUUGACAUAAUAUCAGUCUCGAGUGAUGAAUGCAAAGUGAUUUGUAGACCUGGCAGUUACUUUAGUUUGAAAACUGAUUCGUGCAUCCCAUGUGACAUUGGAUUCUACCAAAACAAAAACGGUUCUUUCUUCUGUGAUGGUUGCAUAGGUGGGAAGGUUACAUUGAAGCAAGGAAGCACAUAUCCUGAUGAAUGCGUUGUCCGAGAUAAACUCUUUCAAAGCAUUUUAAAUAUUCAUUUGAUGGGAGACAUUGAACUUUUAAAUUUUUUUCUCUUUCUUUUUCUUUCUUUCUUCCAUUAUCUAUUUUUUACUUUCCUUCUAUUUUCUUCUUAUUUUUUCCUUUCCUUCUCAUAUUCCAUCCUUCUUUUCCCCAUUUUUUUCUUAGCUUUCUUUUUUUUUCAUUUCUUUUUCUUAUUUCAUCCUUUCUCUAUUUCACUUUCUUUUUCUUCUCUUUCUUUCACUUUACUUUGUAUUUUCUUUCGUUUUUUAGCAUUCUCGUUUUCUCGGGUUUAUAGUCAUCUCUUUCGUUCCUUUUCAUGUCUUUGUCUUUUUUUAUUCUCCACUUCUUUUUUCUUCUUUCCUUUGUACUUUUACUUUCUCUCUUUCACUUUCUUUUUCUUCUCUUUCUUUCAUUUACUUUGUAUUUUCUUUCGUUUUUUAGCAUUCUCGUUUUCUCGGGUUUAUAGUCAUCUCUUUCGUUCCUUUUCAUGUCUUUUUCAUUUUUUUAUUUUCUCCACAUUCUUUUUUUCUUCUUUCCCUUUUUGUACUUUUUUUACUUUUUUUUCUCUCUUUCUUUCUCUUUCUUUUUUUUUCUCUUUCUUUCAUUUACUUUGUAUUUUUUUCUUUUCGUUUUUAGCAUUCUCGUUUUCUCAGGUUUAUAGUCAUCUCUUUCGUUCCUUUUCAUGUCUUUGUCUUUUUUUAUUCUCCACUUCUUUUUUCUUCUUUCCUUUGUACUUUUACUUUCUCUCUUUUACUUUCUUUUUCUUCUCUUUCUUUCAUUUAUCUUUAAUCUUUCUCAUUUAUCUCUUCUCUAUUUUUGAAAUUGAAAUUUUAUUCUUUCCAUUUUUCUUUCCUAUUUCGUCUUUAUUAUUUUUCUCUUUCUUUCAUUUUCCCUUCCUUCUUCAUCUCAACUUCUAUAUUUUCCUUUCUCUUUUUACUUUUAUCUUUAGUUUUUUUCUCAUUUUUCUAUUUCUUUUCCGUCUUUAUUCUUUUUUCUCUUUCUUUUUCUCUUUCUUUCAUUUUAAUUUUCAUUUUCCUUUCCUUCUUUAUCUCUACCCCCACAAGAACUCUUUCCUCGUGCUUGUAACUGCACCAUUUUCAUUGUACAUUGGAAUACUUCAUUACUAA